AUGGCAGCCCCGCACGCAGCCCACCGGGUGACGCCCGAGAAGGCGGCAGCCUUGCACGCAGCCCACCGGGUGACGCCCGACGCCGCGCUGCGCGAGCUCGCCCGCGUGGAAGCUGCCGCGGACGUCGCGACGCCCGUCGAGGCGGAGCUGGCGGCCGUCGGCGACGCCGAGGUCUUGGCGGAGAUGUCGCGCUCGUCGCAGUGGCAAGCGAGUUUGAAGGGCUGGCUGACGCACCACGAGGUCUGCAGCUCCGCGUCGGCGAGCCGCACGGCCGCGCUGCUCUGGCGCGGCGGCUUCGACUCCUUCUGGGCGCUGAUGCAGGCCGACGAGGACGCGUUCAAGGCCCGCGGCCUCGAGGACAGGCGCGCGUCCCGCCUCGCGGCCGCGCUGCGGCGCGACCGCGCGGCCGUCAUCGCGCGCCGCGACGACGCGGACCGGGCGCUCGAGCUCGUCCAGAAAGCGGCAAAGGCGGGCCGCGAGGUCCACGUGGCCGUCUACGACGGCGACGAGUCGCUCGCGUCGGUGCGCGUGUCGGCCGCGGGCCUCGCGGCGGUCAUCGCCGACGAGGCCGAGGCGCCGGGCCCGUGGGGCGACGACGGCGCCUCCGAGCCGGAGUCCGAGGCGUCAGAAGCGCCCAAGGACUUCCUCCUCUUCCCGUCGACCUUCGCGCCGCUCCCGGCCGCGGAGGAGACCCCGAAGAAGCCGCGGCGCCUCUCGCCUCCGCGGCCGGGGCGCCUCUCGCCCGUGCAGGGCGCCGCGCCGCUCUUCCCGCGCGUCACGCCGCCGAACGAGGUCGCGCUCGAGCCCGUGCAGGGCGCCUCGCCGCUCUUCCCGCGCGUCACGCCGCCGAACGAGGUCGCGCUCGAGCCCGUGCGCGCGCUGUUCCGGCCCGCGUCCGCGCGCGCGGCGGCGGUCGAGGACGUCGCGAAGCCGCCGCGCGCGAAGUCCGCGCCGCUGAAGGCCCUCCGCGGCUGCCUCUCGCGGUCCCGGUCCGCCGGCGUGCUCGAAGACCGCCGCGUCUCCUUCGUCGACUCCGCGCCGCCCAUGCGCAUCGUCGGCGACGUCGUCGCCUGCGCGAGCGACGACGCCGCAGCCACGUUCCUCGAGCACGGCGUCGCCGUGAUCCCAAACGCCGUCGACGACGCCACCGUCGACGCCUGCCGGACGCGCGCCAUCGAGGACCUCGCGGCCUGCGAGGCCGCCGUCGCUCAGCGGCUCGAGGCGCUGGACCCGACGGCGCCCGACGCGCACCACGAGGCCGUGCGCUGCGAGCGCUGCGACUUCGCGGAGCUCGUGCGGCGCGACGGCGGGCGCUGCGACGUCCGCGUGCGCUGCGGCGACGCGCCCUACGCGGACCUCUUCCGCCACGAGGCGAUCCUGCCCGCGGCGCGCGCGGCGCUCGGCGGCGGCGACGUCGUCCUCCUGUACAGCGGCGUCAUGGUCGCGCGCGCGGGCGCGGCGGAGGACCAAAAGUGGCACAAGGACGGCGACCACCUCUUCGCCGAGGGCGGCGACCAGCCGCCGCACGCGCUCACCGUGUUUAUUCCGCUCCAGGACCUGACGCCGUCGAACGGGCCCACGGAAUUCCGACUCGGCUCGCACCGACGGUCCGCGGAGAGCCCCCCGAAGCGCUCCCGGCGGUCGCCGGUGGCGCCGACGUGCGCCAGGGGGUCCGCGCUCCUCUUCGACUACCGCGUCGACCACCGCGGGCUCGCGAACCGCUCGGAAGCCGAUCGCCUCGUCUUUUUCAUGGCCUACGCGCGGCCCUGGUUCCGCGACGCGAAGAACACGCGGUCCAAGGUGCCGCUGUUCCCGGCGACGUUCGCGCCCUGGGCGCCGCGCGCGCUCGCCGCGGACGCGGCGGACGACGCGGUGCUGACCGGGGAGGACUCGGGCGAGCGCUUCGUGCUGUUCGAGAUGACCGUGGACCUCGGCGGCGAAACGUCGGGCACGAUCCGCGUGCACGACGGCGACGACGCCAUGGACCUCGCGCGCGCGUUCUGCGAGAGGCACGCGCUCGACGAGAGCGUCCGCGCGCCCCUCGCGGACUCGAUCCUCGAACAGGCGGCGCUCGCGCGGGGGUCCUAA